GAAAUUCAAUUUCACCAGUAUCAGUAAUAAGUACCCAUCUGCAAUGUUAUGAAAUAACGCUGAUUAUUUUUUGUCCCAAUAAAUCGUGUCUAGUAUAAACAGUUGUCUAGAAAUAAAACCAGUUUCAUUGAAACAUUAACACUGGAAAGUAGUAAUCGCCGUUUGUGUUCGACCGGAACUAUGGAAGAGCAGGAAGAAGAUUUGGAAAUGGGAUUCGGCCUGUUUGAUGAUUAUCCCGAAGUAAAACCAUGCCGGAAACAAAUUGACGCGUUCGAAGCUACGGGACAACGGAAAUUGGAUGACACCCCGAUCAACAUCUAUGAACCGGUGAAGGGAGGAACUUAUCUACACUGCGCUAUCCGAAAAGGUGACCAAUCACUGAUUGAUACAUACGUGGCUGCUUAUCAGACGGACUUCGAUAAAAUAAAGUGCUAUUUGAUAAAGAAGUACCAGUGGAACGCGGGAGAUAAAAUUUGGCUGAGGAAGCAUAAUUUGAUUGCGGUAGGAGAAGAGCAAUGCAGACGUUGUAAGGAGUUGGAGGUGAACUCUGGGAAGGAUAAUGACAUGAAAAAUGCUGUAUUUGUCUGUUUGCAAACUCCAAUCGAUGGUGAAGAAGUGGCAAUUAUUCAUGCAGAUGAGCAUAAUCGACUUGUAGUUUGUAAAACAGUAAGAGAGCUGCUUCCAAAUGGCAUUCUAUCGUGGAACUAUACUGGCGCCAAGAAAGAUCCAUACCAAAGAGGUGAAACUUUUAUAGAACUAGCAGCUUCACUUGGAAAAAAUACCGUCGUCUCAAAGUUGUAUGAAUUCGGAGCAGCGCUUAGUCUACCGGAUCACUGUCCUCUGUUGGCCGCAUGUGCGAAUCAUCGUAAGGACACGAUCCGUUGGCUGUUAACUGAACAUUUCGACGACUUCGAUUGCACACAAAGAAAUUCCAAUCAAAUGAAUGCAUUCUUAGUCCUCAUGCAAAGGAAUCAUACAGAGAUCAUUGAUUUCGUAAUGCAGAAAAUGAUAAACUAUCGAAUGAAGUAUUAUAAUGAAGCUGAGUCGGAAGCAUUUAAGAGGAUAUUCCAUUACGAGAAUCCAGAGCUUAGCAGCUUGUCAAGCCUGACUUAUUUGCGAAAUGGACCAAUGCGAGGUAAAAUAGCAGAGUACAUCACACACUAUAAGCUGGAUUUAUCAUAUCAAUGGAAAGAUGUAACCAUUCUUGUCUGUUUGAUGUGUAGAAAUAUUGCAGUAGACUACUGUUGGUCAGAAAUUCGUAAAAACCCAAAACUUUUGGGAUUGAUAGCGUACAAUGAUACUACAGUACUUCACGAGCUCAUUCGUAUGGGUAAGAUUGACAAUUUGCCAGAAACUUACCGAUUACACCCAGAAGUGAAGCAAUUUUACGAGAACGAUGGAGGAAUCAACCUCCUAAGGGAGAUGUUUUCCAGCGAACGGCUUGAAUCACUGACGUUUAUUUUGGAGAACCACAAGAAGUUUUUGCUGAACAAUUUGGACAAGUUGAGGGAAAAUGUGGUGUUUUGCAGUUAUAACAAUCUAGAGUUUUAUUGGAAAAAUGGGGAUAUACUGGCGGAACAUUUUCCUAUGCUGGCAGCGGAGAUCAAAGAAGAGAAACAGAAAGAUCCAGAAAUCUAUCCAGGCCAUGAUCUUCAAGUAGCAUUCCAUAAUUUCGAUUUGGAGUUCAACAAAUCUUCGAUCGUAGGGAAGGACAAAACUCUACCACUAAGUAGCAUCAAAGGCAUCAAAGGUCUUACUUUGCUCCAUUUUGCCGUUGAUAAGGACAACAGAUCUUGGUUCAUCGACUUGCUGAAUGCUGGUUGUGACAUUGACGCCAAGGAUGACGAAGGAAAUCUGCCGAUCCAUUACGUUCGAAGCCUAGAUAUGUUCAACCUUAUUAUCGAAAAACAUCCCGAGGGACCAUCCUUGGUGCAUCGAACCAACUCCGAGGGGUACACAGUCCUGCAUAAGGUUUGCUCUCUACGAAUGGAUCGAAAUCUCUUGUGUUCUUUAUUGGAAAGGGUCAUUGAGUGCGGUGCAAAUGUCAAUCAGCUCACUGAAAAAGGCGAAUCUACCGCAUUUAUGAUUGGCAGUUGCACAGGUCUUGAUAUCCUUAGGAAACAUAACGUUGAUCUAGAAGUCGUUAACAACGAAGGGAACAACGCUCUGGACUGCCAUUUGCGUCAUAGAAAUGUUUGCAUGGGCAAUGCACUGUUACCUUUGAUGCACAAGCUGCCUUCAUUCAAAAACCACGCCCAUAAAUACUUGGAAUGUUUUUUGGCGUCCACUCGGGACUUCUUCAGUUGUGACUACCAGUCCUUCCUGGAAAGUAACCCUGAGACCACCAAGAUCAUAUUUGAUUCCCUGUACAAGUAUUCGCCAGAGGAAGCUUCUCGUCUGUUUUGUAAAGCUUGUGGAAGUGCUCACAUUUUCAUCACAGAAAAAUUUUUGGAGUUCGAUUACGAUCUGGACUACAAUUACAAAGAUGACUACGAUUAUACCCCGAUCAUUGGAUUGUGCAGCUACAUGGAACGUCCGAAUGUACACUUGAUGAGGAAGUUACUCGAGAAAGGUGUGGAUUUAGAUCAUCGUAAUCAAUGGGGACGAAACGCACUGUUGGUGCUGAUUAAUGGAUUCAGAUCUGCUAGAUGGUACGGGCAUGAUGUUGGAUCUGUACAACUUUUGCUGGAUCAUGGAGCACAGAUCAACAGUAGUGACGACGAUGGAAACACGGCUUUGCAUUAUGCCUUUAUGAAUGAAGAUUGGGAGUUGGUGGAGAUGUUGGUUGAAAACGGUGCGGAUUUGUCGGCAAAGAAUAAGGAAGGAAAAAUUCCUUUGGAAACGACUUCAUUGAUGUAUCGGGAAUUGUUCGGGUUUAUGCAAUAGAAAAGCUGUAUCUGUGAUAAAAUGUAUUUUUAGAUAUGUAAAUAUAAAUCUUUUCAUAGUUUCGAGAGAAAUCAUAUAUUUAUCUAGCUAUUACUUAUAUUUUAUUUUGAAAUAAUGUUUUAUGUUCAACAUAACUAACAUUUUAUUUUUGAUUUCAACUGUAAUUGAGCAAAUACUAGACAACAAACAAGCAUGCACCAACGCACAGUGCAUAUUUCCG